GCAGCGUCAAACAAAAUGGCCGCUAAGAGGUCGUGAAGAAAAGAUCUAGAAAAAUGAUCUUUUACAAGUUAGCCGAUGCUUAAAAAUACAAAUUUCCACAAUUUGGAAUUGUGGUUUAACAAUUACAAUUUUGAAAACGCACUAAAAAAAGGUGCGACACUAUUUUUGAAAGAGGAAGCGAAUUGAAGUGACAGCGCGAACCUCCUUGGCGCUUAGAUUGGCAGCUUGGACAGCGAAAACAGACGGACGACGGACUGCAGAUUGGACUGAGCGUCCGAUCGUUGUCUAGAGCCGCGUCUGAUAUUUGCAGACGGCCGACUGAUACGCGUACAAGCGUCCUGAUGCCCUGAGGGCGCUAACUUUGAAACCGCAGCUCGCCAUGGUUUAGCCACGAUCGCCGUCGAGCUGAUCUCCGCUAAGAUGUCCUCGCAGAGACUGAAGCGCCAGCAGAGUCGAACUGACGACUCAGUUCCCAACAAGCGGCGCAAAGGCCGGGGCAAAAACGAGGCGGCUGCAUUUUUGUCGCCAUCAGACGACUCAGACAGCGGUGGUCCCAGUGUUUGGACGCCUGGGCCUCUCUCCGAUCUCAAGAUGUCUAACAUCUACAAUCGGAGCGCCCCUGAGGCACCGGCUGAACUCUUUCGCAAGGACUUGAUAUCAGCCAUGAAGAUUCCAGACUCAGAACCGCUCGCCCCUGAUGAGUACUGGACAAUAUCAGACACCUGGAAGCAGGAGUGGGAGUCUGGCGUGCAGGUGCCUGUCAACCCAGACUCCCUGCCUGAGCCGGCUGUAACAGUUGCUAACCAUCACUUAUUAUCACCACGCAGAUCAGAGUUCAAAUUGCCCAAAGGGAAGUUGAUUCGCAUCACGAAGAGUGCAGAUUUCAAUGCAGAAUGCCAUUACCUCUCAAAUGCACCUGCUGAAGCUGAUAGGGCGUGUAUAUACGAUCUGGAUGAUGUAGAUGUAGUAUGGCUCAAUAACCUUAAUGGAGAGCGCGCCCUAAUGGGUUUGUGGCCAAUCCAAGAAGAUCAGUUGGAGCGCAUGAUGGAGGAACUAGAAGUCACGUGCUGGAAGAAAAUCCAGAGUAUAGUACGGUCUGAGGAAGGUCUAGGCAUUGAAUUUGACGAGAAUACAAUCUGCGAUGUUUGCCGAUCGGUGAGUUUUCCUGACUCAGAGGAAGGCAACGAAAUGGUCUUCUGUGACGUCUGCAAUAUAUGUGUACACCAGGCGUGUUAUGGUAUAACUUCAAUUCCAGCAGGAUCCUGGCUUUGCCGAACGUGUGCACUGUCCAUCCGGCCAGAGUGUGUUUUAUGCCCAAACCGUGGUGGUGCAAUGAAAUGUACUCGCUCCGGUCACAAGUGGGCCCAUGUUAGUUGUGCUCUCUGGAUUCCUGAGGUCAGCAUAGGCAGCGUUGAACGCAUGGAGCCAAUUACAAAAAUAUCAGGCAUACCUCAAAGUCGAUGGCAACUAGUAUGUACUCUAUGUAGGGAAAAAUGUGGUGCGUGCAUCCAGUGUUCAGUCAAGACGUGCAAAACGGCCUACCAUGUGACCUGUGGCUUUAAGCACGGCCUUGAAAUGAAAGCAAUUGUAGAAGAUGAUGCCGAAGAUGGAGUCAAGCUCAGAAGCUACUGUUCCAAACACAGCAAGAGCGGCUUCACCAAUAAACAGAAGAUUAACAAAACGAGUCCGAAUCACGAAAUGGAAAACAAAAAGAGGAAGCGCAAAGAGCUGACCUCCGAGGAACAAAUUCAAGCAAAGGCAGCCAAGCUAAUUGAAAUCGAGGCCACUUUUGACAAACACGUGAGCAUUAAGGAUUUGAUUAUGCGACACUUCGAUCUUGACCAGGAGGCAGUAACAUCCAUUUACAAUUUCUGGAAGAUUAAAAGACGGGCUGGAGGAAAUCGGCCAUUGAUCUCUCCACCCUCGGAUGACCCUGACCUUCUUGGCAAAACUCCUGCACAAGCUGAUCAAGAAAAGCUACGCAUGUUUGUCCAGCUGCGCCAGGAUCUUGAGAGAGUGCGCAAUUUGUGUUACAUGGUCAGCCGGAGGGAAAAGCUAUCAAGGAGUAUGUUGAGGACUAGAGAGCAGACUUUCCACAAGCAAGUGAGCGUAUUGACUGGAGCAGCUGGUAGCCUGCCUAAAGAGGAGGCACUUGCAGUGUUGGCUGCAAAUCACGGCCCCUCAAUUUAUGAUGCACUGUAUUCCCAUGACCAGGAAAAUCGUGUACCUUUAGAUCUGGAAACAUUAGUGUCGCGCAUUGUAGGCCCUAAUAGGCAGGUGGCCAAGGAGCGGGCACGACCACCUCGAAGACACAGCCUCUCCAGUUUCUCCACAUCAGACAGUGAACCAGAAAAGACUGUUAAAAAAGCCUCAGUCAGUUCUGAGAGUGAGUCUGAGUUGGCGAAACUUGCCAAGCGGCCGCAGGUGGGUGGCCAUCAGAUUUCUAUAUACUCAGACUCGUCAACAGACGAUUCAGACGAUGAGGCAGCCAACAGGCUGAUACGCACAAAGGCGGCUGUUAAGGAGUUUCACAAAAAACAGGCUGCCAAAGAGGGCAAAGAGUCGAAGCCAAUUAUUGUGCCACAAAGACAAGCAGCAAAGAAGGCAACCGAGAGCAUUAAGGCUGCUGAAACGAAGCCCAAGAAGGAUGAUGCUUUUAAUGGCGGCUAUGUUCCUCAGCGAGCGGCAGCCAAGAAAGCUUCUGAAAGCAUUAAGUGUCUCGGUGGAAACCAUGAGGAUGCCACCAAGCGACCCAAGGAGGACCUGUUUGGCAGUGCCUUGGCACAAAUGGACAAGUCCUUUCUUGGUGGCCGCAAGGCAGUUGCAGCAGCUGCUUCUGCAACACCUGCAACAACAACAUCGACUACACCCGCAGCUGGAGGGGUGCGGGGGCAGCGUCGUAGGGCGCCCGAAGCCGCUGGUAGGAAGCUUAAAACUUCCGAAGAGCGGCCACGGCCGCUCCUCGACGCAGAAAAGCCCAGUCCGAAGGCUCGAGUUGCUCCUGCAGCAAGGCCAGAUGCUGUCGCUCGGCCCCCCGCGACAGUCACAAAAGCAGUUUCCCCCUCUGGCUCCUCCUCGGGGGGCUCCUCCUCCAGCAGCAGCAGCUCGGGGGGUUCCUCAGAGUCCUCCGACUCUUCAGAUUCAGACUCUGAAAGCUCAAACUCCUCAAGUCGCUCAGCGAAGAGCCCUGCGCGAGCUACGCUCCCGCCCCCUGCUGCUUCCGCCCCCGUCACGGUCGAGGCGCCUUGGAAGAGAGAACCUGAGGCGCCCCCGUUGACUCCUCCCCCUGUCCCCAGUCCGCCUCCACCACUGAGACGAACACGUCUAUCCUCCGCAUCCCUCAGCCCGGUUAAAAAGCAACAAACGCCCCCGAGAAUAAUUACUCCACCCCCAAGAGUCCCAACACCACCCCCAAAAGUUCCCACCCCGCAGCCGCCCCCAGUCAAAAGUCCUCCCCGAGCACCACCAGCACGGUCAAUAUUUUCUCCACAGCACCAGCUGCAUGAACUGGAUGAAGACUUUGAGAAGGAAAUCCUAGCCGUUGACGAGACGCACUUAAAGGGUCUGAACAAAGGGUUGCCAACCUUUGGUGCCGAUGACGUCUCUGACCGGGGCUUCAGCUUCGUCAACGAGGUAUUUUUCAAAGAGGACACCAAGGAGGACUCGACGCGGGAAACGCUCAACCUUGUCGAAAAGCUCCGGCUCGAGUAUGCCAAGAAAUCCUCCGAAGACGUGGUGCCUCCACCAACUGAACCACCGGAUAUCGCAUGUCCAGGGCCACCCGAGGUGGUCACCUUGCCGGACAAACAAGAAAGAGAACCGACGCCGCCCCCGGAGCCCACGCCUCCGCCAGCCCCUGCGUUGGAACCGGAGCCCCCUCCUUACCAAUCGCCGUUGCCACCGCCCCCAGUUGUAAAUACGCCAGCUGCUCCUACCCCGAUGACCCCAAUGCCCCUCAACUCUACGGAAUUCAUGAGCCAAAAGUGGUCAGAGUCUGAGAUGCUGCCCCAUAGGAGAAACUCGACCAGCUCUUCCAAUGAAUCAGAGGAGGAACCUGAGGCAGAGCCGCUCCCGGCUCCUCCGCCACAGGUGCCUCCUCCGGUUGAUAUGCAGCCGGCCUUCGACUUCUACCACAACAUGUACGCGACUGAACGCUUCAUCAACCCCUUCCUCGCAUCUUACCAGUCGAUGUUGCCCCCGAGCAUGGAACAGCCACCCCCAGUUGCCGCCCCACCGCAUUCUGCUGCAUUUACAGCCUCGCAGCAGAACAUGGCUUUCAUGGCCGCUCUGGCAAACAUGCCCCUGAACAAUCAACCCUUCUUGCCACCGCCGGCGCCUCCGCCACCCCAACCAACUCCUCCCCCUCUUCAGUCGGCGCCACCGAUUCAGACUGCUCCUCAGGUACAAACGGCGCCGCCUCCUCAACCAGCCAUGCCACCUCCACAGCCCGCUUUGCCACCUCCGAUGGUCUUGGAGCCAGAGUUGGAAAAGGUUCCCUUUGUGGCACCGCCAGUGCCGCCUGCGGUUAAAAAGCCGCCCCAAAAACCGACUCGCAUAUCAGCACGAGUUGUCCCUCCGAAAGCAGCGCCGCCACCUCCUACCCCUCACCGGUCACCAAGAAGAGGUCGAGGUGGAGGUCGCGGAGGGGGCAGAGGGCGUGGCAGACCCAGAGGUGCGGCACGUGGCACUCCAAUGCCCAACAAGUUCAGCGGGACGGUUUACGACUUUGAGGAGGACGAGUUUGGAGGCGACAACGACGCUGUGGAGGGACUCAAGGCCAUGCGAGAGCGGCGCCGCAGCGUCGACACUGCCCACCGAUUUGAUACGGAGCCUACAGGUUACGACGAGCCUUUGCCACCUCCGCCAGACGAGGAGGAUGAAGUGCCGGCACCUCUGGAAGCCACCGAGGCGGUGCCAGCAGUGGCGCCGCUACUUCCAGGGCCAGUGGAUCUCCGAAGUUACGCCAUUUGCGAAGCGGCGCCGCCCGAGCCACCUCCCGAACCGUUGCCACCUCCUCCGGAGCCACCAGAACGCAGCCAGCUCAAGGUCAAAAUCAAAGGUCCCUUCCUGGAACAGCGGCCUCCAUUGCCGCCUCCGGGGGCAGGGGCGCCGACCACCGUUCCAAGUGGGGGCGCCGCGGCCUCUGGAGACGUGCGGCGAAUGCGAAAGAAGGAACUGCUUCGGCAGUACUGGACCGAGGAGCCAGGCCUAGGAGCCGGAGGUGGUCCAGGGGCGGCGACCAGCCCCCAGCGGACGACCAUCACGAUUCCAAAGGCUGUGGCGUCGAUGACGUCCAUUCCGACCAGAGACGACUACAAGUCCAUCGUCGACCUGGCCAACUCUGAGAAGAAAAAGCGACGGCUGGAGACGGGCCUAGACGCAGCUGCAGCCGCCUCCAACAAAAAGCGGGGGCGGCCCAGCAAGGUUGAUGAAACGGUUCCGCCACAGUUAGCGGCGCCGAGGCUGAAGAUAAAAUUAGGCGAGCCCGACGAGGCUGAUGAACGGCGAAUGCUGCGGGUGCGGCCGCCCAAGAAGAGGCUGCAAGCCGCCUCCGUAGACUCGGUGGUGCCGACCUUGGAAGAGCUCAAGAAGGAAAGCAUGAAGUACCGCAAGCAGAUCGCGGCCUCUUUUGACAAGAAGAGUAAAAAGGCGAAAAAAGGGCCCAAGCUGAUCAUCCGGCUGGGCAAGUCGCCAGACGAGCCUCUCGAGUCCGUUUCGGAACCAACGCCGCCCGCUUCUGGGGGCGGCGGAGGUGACAACAACAACCUGCUCAUAAAGCCGAUCAAGCUGAAGCUUUCUCGCUGCGACUCUGGCUAUGUGAUGGCCUCAAAGAACGAGGAGGCCCAACAGCCGCCGGAAGCGCCACUGCCCGCCGCGCCAGAUCCACCCUCAACUCCUUGUACAUAGUGUAUUUAGUUGGCAGGUGUAAAAGUUGUGAUAUUUGUGAUACCUGAGCUGAAAUAAAAAAGGAAGGUCCCUUCGAGCGGCGGGUUUUCUUUCUUUGUUUCAAGAAUCGAGUCUAAUAUGUACACGUGCGCUCUUGGUUUUUGUCUCAAGGCGAAUCGACAAACAAAAGUGAAGAAGAGACCAGCUGCUGUUAGACUUUUUUGUUUCACCGGAUGCGCUCUCACUCAAAGUUUUGUGCUUAAACGAAUUAUAAUUACUAUUAUUCUAUUGCUGCUAUUAUUAUUACGAUUAUUAUUCUACGAAGAAAGUGAAAAUCUCAGAAAGCAUUAACAUUGAAGUUUAAAAUAAACGAUUAAUGAAA